CUACGACCCGCGGGCCAAAUCCGACCCGUUGGGUAAUUCAAUUUGACCCGCCUGACGUCUGGGUCAAGGGUCGGGGGAGACAUAUCUGUCAAAUUUGGUGGCCGUUCUCUGUGGUUCCGUCGGCUGCUUAUUGAGCUUUCGUAUUUUAACUGUUUUUACCUUACGGAGAAGAUGGCCUCCGACGCCUUAAAAGUAAUGGUUUGUGGAGAUGCCGAAGGAAAGAUUGAAGUUGUUUUUAACAGAAUUGAGAAACUGAUGAAGAAAGGGUCUCGAUUUGAUAUACUGUUCGCAGUGGGGGAUUUCUUUGCAGAAGAAAUGCCUGACAGUUGGUUGUCGUAUAGAAAUGGGACAAAGAAACCACCGAUUCCAACUUAUAUUUUGGGUCCAAAUUCAUCUGAACAUCUCAAACAUUAUGGAGGAGGAGAUGAAGAUGGUUUUGACAUUGGAGAAAAUAUCACUUAUCUAGGUCGAAAAGGUGUCUUCACAACAUCAGGUGGAUUGAAGGUUGUUUAUCUCAGCGGACUUGAAUCUCCAUCAGGAAGCACACCUGCUCCUAAACAUUGCUUUUCAGAAGCUGAUAUCAAAUCUCUUGUAACAUCAGUCACUAAUGCUGGAUCUAAAAAAUUUGUAGGCGUUGAUCUACUGUUGACUUCUCAAUGGCCAAAAGCAGUCUGCACUUAUGGGAAUGCACCUAGUGAUGAUAAAUGUCUGAAAUGUGGAUCCAUAUUAAUAUCUCAGCUGGCUAGUGCAAUCAGACCAAGAUAUCAUUUCUCAGCAUUGGAAAAGAUUCAUUAUGAACGACUUCCAUACAGAAAUCAUGUUGUUUUAUCAGAUUCAACAAGGCAUACAACUAGGUUUAUAUCACUGGCCCCUGUGGGUAAUGCUGAUAAACAGAAGUAUCUUUAUGCCUUCACUAUCACACCAAUGACCAAAAUGGAUCAAUCAGAGUUGCUAAAAAUGCCUGCUGAUGCCACUGAAUGUCCUUAUUUUAAAAGAUCAAAACAAGAUGAUGGGAAAAGUAUUGCACAAAUGUCAACAGAAUCAUUUUUGCAAGAUACAGAUGAAUCUGCCCAAUUUAGGUGGAACAUUAACAAGUCAAAUAGUCCUGGUCUACAUAGAAAAAGAAAGUCUGAUUUCAAUAAAAAUGCCAAACGAGGAAAAACAGAAAGGCCACAGGAUUGGAAAUGUUGGUUUUGUCUGGGGGGUGAAAAAGUUGAAAAACAUCUUGUUGCUAGUGUUGGCAAUCAGACUUAUUUGGCAAUGGCGAAAGGUGGAAUUGUGGAAGAUCAUAUUAUGAUAUUGCCAAUAGCACAUCAUCAAUCAUCACUUGAUUUACCAGAUGAUACAGAGUUAGAAUGUACUGCUUACAAACUAUCUCUGAAAAAAGCUUUGAAAGAUGUUGGCAAGAAAUGUGUCUUCUUUGAAAGAAAUUAUAGAACUGAUCAUAUGCAAAUACAGGUUGUUCCUGUUCCUGAUUCAAUAUCGUCAACUCAAAUCAAGAAUGCAUUUAUCAAGCUUGGUCAACAGCAUACUGACAGACAGGGAAAACCACAACCACUAGAAAUUGCUGAGAUACCAAAGAAUACAGAACUAAAACAGAUUCUGUCAGCUUCACAACCGUUCUUUCAUGUUGAACUCCCAGAUGGUACAAGAUUGUUGCAUACAAUAAAAGCAUUCUUUCCACUGCAGUUUGGGAGGGAAGCUAUUUGUGGAGCGUUGGUUCUCAAUGUACCAGACAGAGUUAAUUGGAGAGAUUGCGUGUUAGUCAAAGAUGAUGAAGUUAUUUUCACUAAAAAGUUCAGAGAUGUAUUCACACCUCAUGAUUUUACUCGAGAAGAUGAAGAAGAUGAUGAGGAGGAAACAUGAGUA